AUGUGUUGCGAAGCGGACCCGGUCACGUGUGUUCAACCUGGAUGUGGUGUUACAUUGAAGAAAUGGAAAUCUUUUCGCCAGCAUUUGUUUAGAAAACAUCAUGAAGUAUAUCCUAUUUUAAAUGAAGUAACUGAGCAUAUUGAAAAUGAUCAGUUAAAUCACGAUCCAAUUAUGAUACACAAUGAAUCAUUUGAAGAUGAAGGUCAUUUAGAUAGAGGUCAAAAGCUAACACUAGAAGAAACUACAGAACGAUUACAAUUGCACGCUGCACAAUUUCUCGUAAACAUUCGAGAAAAAUAUAAAAUAUCUCACACAGCAAUAGAGCAUGUCAUUGAUGGACAAGAAAUUCAAAACACAAUGGAUCCUAAUACAAAAUUAGUUAAUUUCCAAGAUAUUAAGAAAAUAUAUACUGAAAAACAUCCACCAUCGUUGCUAUUUUCGACUGUUCAAUCAAAAAAAGCUUUAGAUAAAGUAUUAAUACAAAAAUUUAAUAUGGUAUCAGCAGAGAGACAUGCGCUUGGUACAAAACUUGUUUGGAAAAAGAAAAAACAUUCGACUGGAAAAGUAGCCGAGAUUUGUGAAACUACUUAUGAUGCUUACAUUGUGCCUUUCUUAAAGAAUUUGAAAAAUCUUUUGGAAAACGAUGAAGUUAGAUCAAAUAUCGAGAAUCCAAAGCCACAUGAACCGGGAGUUUAUCGAACAGUAUUAGAUGGAAGCUACUAUCGAGAGAAUCCUAUUUUUCGCAAUAAUAACAAUGCAUUAGCUGUAAUUCUUUACUACGAUGAUCUCGGUAUUGCCAAUCCUUUGGGCGCAGCCUCAAAGAGUCAAAAAUUAUCAGUAUUUUACUGGACGUUAGGAAAUAUAUAUCCUGAAUUUAGAUCAUCAAAGAAUGCUAUUCAAUUAUACGCGAUUUUAAAAACAGAAUAUUUGAAAAAACCAGGAAUUUUGAAAAAGGUUUUGGAAUCAUUUAUGAAAGACAUUGUAAUAUUAGAAAAUGAGGGUGUUACUAUAAAUCUUGGAACAGAAACAAAAAUUUUUAAGGGCUCAUUAUUAUUUUGCGCGGGUGAUACUCCUGCUUCUGCGUUAUUAGGUGGUUUUAAAGAAUCAGUUUCAGCUUAUCGGUUUUGUCGUUCCUGUUUGACUGCAGCUGAAGAAUAUAAAACUCAAUUUCAUGAUGAUAAUUUUACGACUCGUAAUAAGACAAUGCACAACGAUCAUUGUGAAAUUGUAUCUGAUCCUACAUUAACAAUGGCAGCGAAAAAAUUUUGGCAAAAAACAUAUGGAGUGAUGAAUAAGAGUCCUUUGUUGCAAAGUUCUAAUGUAGAUGUGACACUAUGUCUGCCUCAGGAUUGUAUGCAUAUUCUCAUCGAAGGCCCCGUAGAAAUUACCAUUCGUCGUUUAUUAAGAUAUUGCAUUUUUGAAUUGCGGUUGUUUACAAUUGAACAAUUUAACAAGCGUAUUACUCAUUUCGAUUACAGUCAUUUUAAGAAAGAUAAACCUGCUCUAAUUCUUCGUGAUCAUCUGGUUGAUGGUGGCUGUUUACGACAAAGUGCAGCACAAAUAUUUACUCUAGCACACAUGCUACCUUUUUUAAUUUCGGAUUGGAUACAACAUGAAAAUCCACUUCUCAAUGAGCACAUAAAUUGUUAUAUUACACUAUUACAAAUCAUGAAUGUUUGUCUUGCUUAUGAAAUACACGAAGAAUCAAUUGAGUUAUUGAAUCGAAUGAUUGAAACAUCAGUCACGCCUGUGUUCUAG